GCCCCUUCCAAGUGUCCGAUCCACAGAAAUGCAGAAGGCCACGCUGAGUCCACUGGUGGCCGUCCGGACAACUCCAAGAACCACCCCUCUCCAGCACCUUUCUCUUGUCCACCAGGAGGAAGAAGGGUGGAAGGCUAAGCUGGCAACACAAAGCAGGGAACAAGACUUCCCAGUGUCUAGAAGGCCCCUCCCGUCCGGAGCUGCCCAACCCUGGCUGGUUGCUUGUCUUCCGGUUGGAAGGACUGAGUGGCCGGCCACCAGGACUGCAGGUACCAGACCUGAACCUGGUGCUGUGCCAUUCUGUCACCACUUGUCUGAGGACGGAGCCAGUAUGGAAGAUGAACGGAGAGACAGAAAAGGCCUGGGUCCUGUUUCAGUCUCUAGGUCAGCUGGGCUCUGUCACUUGCAACUCAAAGGGCUGUACCUGAGGAAAAAAGUAAGGUACGCGGCACAAGGACAAAGCAUACACAUACUGAGCACUAGCCAUGAGUCAGGGACAGUGUUACGUGUUUUCUUCACAAAACUCUGGGAGAUAGUGAUUGGUAAGGCCGGGGUGAGCCAUUCCGACUCCAGAGCCAGCUCCUUCCACUCUGUCUCCUGCCUGGAAAACAGUAGGAGUCACAGCAGGUUUCUGGAGAGAGAAGGGGCAUGAUCAAACUGUGUUUUGCGAAUGCUGAUCUAACAGAAGGAUGCUGGGAAGCAA